UGGAAGUCACGAUUGUACAGACUUAUACACAUUUGGAUUUAUGUUCUGGGUCUGGUCUGUAAACUUAUUUUUUACUAGAUUUGAUUAGGGUGAUGCCGCAUGGAGAAGUACUAUAUAUACUUCUCAAUCCCUUUGUAAUCUGUAAUCUCCUCAAAUAUAGUGAAACUGAUUCUCUCCUAUCCAUGGACUAACACACAUUGUGUUAGUGAAUCACGUAAAUCUCUGUGUUCUUUACUUUCUUGUAUUGUCGAUUAUCUCGAUUUUUUUUUCAAAAUUUAUAACACCAGAAUUAAGUAGUCAUGACUAAACACUUCAGAUUGCUUUCAUUUUGUGUAACUAUGUGUAUUGUCCAACGGGGAGGGCCUGAUGCGGGGCAAGUUGCCCUGGGAUCCGGGCACAAUUCAGAGGGGGAGCAGAGCAGGAGGCGGGGACAAUAACUGCAGCUGAUCGGGUUUUGACUAAAGGAAUUUCCCCUACCGAGGAAACGAGGAGGAUAUCGAGGAAAGUAGGCAGAAAAAUUUCCCUAGUCUGAGACCCAAAAUACCUGACUGGUAUUUAGACCUGAUUUUGGGUCUGGACGAUGAGAUUUUUGUGUGUUUAAGUUGUUUUUAUUAUUUUUAAUUGUCAAAACCUAUAUAAAGGUCGAGACUCGGGUUUUAGCAAGGUUCUAAAAGGCGCUAGGCAUAAAGGCAGGCGCUCGGCUCCUGACUUGCGCCUUGCUCAAUUAGGCGUAGCCUAGGCGCGCCUAGGCGUUCAGAGCAUAAAUGGAAAAUCUAGGCGCUCGGCUCCUGACUUGCGCAUUGCUCAAUUAGGCGCGCCUAGGCGUACAGAUUAUGUAGCAGUUUGGUGGGAAAAGAUUCAACAACGUCGAAUGAUGAAUCUUCACCCUGAACUUUCUACUUGGGCAAAACUCCGAGGCUUGAUGCGUGAUUGGUUUGUUCCUCCUUUCUAUCAGAGAGAUCUCGAUGAUGCCUUGUAGGGAAUUCGGCAAGGAGCGUGCUUUGUUGAUGAAUACUUCAAGGAGAUGGAACUGCUCAUGAUGAGAGCAGAUGUGAGGGAAGACAACGAAGCCAUGAUGGCUUGAUUUCUGCAUGGGAACAGAGAAAUCAAGAAAGAAGUAGAGUUUCGUCAGUUUGUGGAGUUGGAGGAAGCGGUGCAUUUGGCCAUGAAAGUAGAGAAGCAGCUGAGCUGAAGAUGAGCUCGGGAAGAAGGUACCCCCCUUCACCCAAACCUGUUGCAGAGAACAUUCCUGAGGCUUAACUGAAUCAUCCUAAGCAAGAAGGUGACAAGUCAGCUGCCAGGAACAUAGCCCCGGUCAUUCAAGCCAGGAAUGAAGUCUCAACUGGAAGCAUCCAAUGCUUUAAGUGCUUUGGCCGAGGUUACAAGGCUAACCUUUGCCCCAACAAGAAGACUCUUGUCUUGCGAGAUGGUGAGUACUUUUCUGAAAAGGAGUAUGAAGAGAAGCCCAUGGGAAAUGGAUUCGGCUCUGAUGUUGAUUCUGAAGAUGACGAUAUGGAUGAGCACUUUAAGGCUGAGAAACCUCCAGCAGGUAAACUUCUUGCAGUGAACCGCCGAGCUUUAUCCAUUGGAGCUUACACAGAGACGAAGCAGAGGGAUAAUCUUUUCCAUUCUUGUUGCCUGGUCGACGGAAAGGUGUUAUCCGUGGUGAUCGACGGUGGUAGCUGCACCAAUGUGAUCAGUCUGGAUACAGUCAAGAAGUUUGUAUUGAGCACCAUCAAGCAUCCUCAACCAUACACUCUGCAUUGGUUGAACAACUAUGGGAACAUCAAAGUCAACAAGAAGGCCAAGGUUUGUUUACAGAUUGGUGACUAUGUGGAUGAGAUUUGGUGUGAUGUUGCUCCAAUGCAGGCUGCUCGUCUCCUAUUCGGUCGUCUGUGGCAAUACGAUCGAGAGGACAUUUAUGAUGGAAGACACAAUAGCUACUGGUUCAAGAGAAGAUCAACAGGUGAAGUCCAGGAAGAUCAACAACAGGUGGCCAUGAAUUGGGCCAAGGAGAUAGGAAGUGCGAGUGGCUCGGAGUCGGAGGACGAAAAUGGAGCACAUCUGAUGGUUCGAAUGAACAUGUUGAUUGCAUUGAGGGGAAUUCCAGUUGGAAAUGCUAUUAAUGUGGUCUUUUACGGUAAAACACAAGCUUUGAGGGAAAAGCCUCUCCAACGUGGAGAGCCUCAUCCAGGCCAAGUUGCAUUGGGAUCCGGGCACAAUUCCAGAGGGGGAGGAGAGCAGGUGGCGGGGACAGCAACUGCAGCUAACCGGGUUUUGACUAAAGGAAUUUCCUUGGUCUAAGACCCAAAAGCCCGACCGAGUAUUUAGACUGGGUUUCGGGUCUGACCGACGGGAUUUUUGUUAUUUUUAAUUGUCCAUACCUAUAUAAAGGUUGAGACUCGGGUUUUAGGGUUAGUUUUAGCAGAAUAUUGAUUUUUAUCUGGGUUUUAAGCUUGAGCCUUGAUCUUUUCUUUCUAUCAAUCAAGUUUUCCCCUUGAUUGUGGUCAAGAUUCUAUCUUUUAAUAUUGAUUGAGCCUUCUCCCGAUUUGUGUUGAGAUUGCACUUUCAAUUCCAUCCUAUCCCAAACAAACAAAAACCCCUAAACAAUCUUUCUAUUGUUCGUUCUUGAAGCUGCGUACUUUAAUAACUAUGGGUGCAGGUUCCGUGCUCAUAUCAAAUAAUAAUUAAAAAAGAAAAAACAAGAAAAACAAAAACAUAUGAAGAACAAAAUGAAAAAAGAUGGAGAGUGAGUAGUGAUUAGUAGACUAACAAAGUCCACAACUCGGAAACCCAACAGUAGCUUCCCCAAAUCAAUCUGCCACUCUGCUAGUAAGACCCUAUAACUAUUUUAUUAUAUUAUUAAAGGAUAUAUAAUGAUAAUGAUAAUUAUUAUAUAAUAACUUUGAUGUAGUUGCAUGCUGCUUGCUGGUAGUCAAUAAAGGGAAAAAAGCCUCCACCACCUCUGCGGAGUGAAUAGGCAUCUAUAUGUUGUCUUGUAUCCACGUGACUCUCUAUCAUCUCUCUAGAUUUUCAAAUACUCCCACCUCUCUCUAAAACAGAUUUUGGGUUUUGUGGGCUGCCGUUGACGCCUUAGGGUUGUUUCUUUCUUUCUUUUGCUUUGUUGCUCAUUUCCGUUGUUCUAUGCUUCCUUUUUGGGGCUUUUUCUCACCUCUUCUCAGAAGAUUGUGCUUCUUCUUCUUCCUCAUGUUUGAUCUUCCUAGAUAAGAACAUUGAGAUGUUUUGUUGGUGACAGAGGGGGUUUAGGUUUCUUCAAUAUGCUUUCUCCUUCGUAUUUCUGAUCCUCCUCCUUGAUUCAUCGCUUCGGCUUGGUGUUUCGAAGAAGACUGGGAAUCCUAUUGUGAUCCUCUCGUGGUUUUAGCUUCAUGGAACUCGAAGGUGAAGAUCAAACAACAGAGUCUCUUGAUCAUUUUCCUCGAUGAUUUUAGUGGUUCAUCGACGUGCAUUUUCAUCUUUUUAAGGUGGGUUUGCAGGUUUUCUCCGAGGUUGACUUGCUGGUCGACAACUCAGGGUUGACGGUUUCCUCCUUCAAUGGUGUUUGAUGCUUGUGACAUCGCUGUUUUGGUGUGGCUUGCUUCCUCUGGGUGGUGGCUGCUCUUGCAUUUGGAGUUUGAUUAUGAUGCUAGGGUUUCCUCAGGCCAUGUGUUGGACCUUUGCCUUUUGUGGUAUUAUGUUUGAGCCCUUUGUUGUUUGUUCUUUUCUAGGGGUUUUGGCCCAUAAUCUGUACAGUUCCUGGGUUCAUUUAAUGAAUUGCCAAUGCUUUAAAAAAAAGAAAGAUUUGUUCUCUUGUUGAGAUAAGUCUAAAGGCAGGCAUACCGGGUAAACGUAGUCAGCCCGCAAGAAAGAACCUAGAACAAGAAACAAAAACACGUGCUUAGUAAAAGGCUAAAGCUUUCUAGCUAGGUGUUGAUAUAGUUUCCAGAUAUUUCAGAGUCAAAAACAGGCAAAGCAAUAAUGGAAGUGAGAAGUAAGUGGAAGGGAUUUAAUUUGGUAUGGAAAUGGAAUAGCAGUGGUUUUAGGGAGGGAGAUUGCGGUUUUCUGUCGGGUUGGGAUGAAAAUUACCAAGUUGGAAAACAUGGGCGAUGAGAUUUGGGCGGAAAAAUCUUAAAAUACACAUGUUUUUAAAAA